AUGGUAGCAGCGCAUAUCGCACCCGUGAGCAGCGAGAUCAAGACGAUCGAACCCGUCAGGCAGCGCAUAUUCGAUCUGGACCAAGAGCUGGCGGCCUGGGAAGCGCACGGUAGAAAAGGGAGGCGAUUUGCUGGACUCUCGAUGCCAGCCAGCCUAAACGAGGCCCUGCGAUCUGCUGAAGAGCUGGCGGAGCUCUUGAAGAAGCAGGGUCUGGAGGAGAUGGAGCUCUGCAAAACAUAUCGGGAUUGCUCCAAUUAUUGCCAUCAGUUGGGGGAUGUUGACGCGGCGAUACACUAUGCGCAGAAGGAGCUUGACAUUGAGCGUUGCAUCAUGGGGAUGGAGGCACAGCACUUGCGUGAUGGCAUGCAUGGCGCUGAGUACUAG